AUGGGUUGCGGUGGAUCGAAAGCGGCCGAGCAGGACUACCACACCGCGGUGCAGGCGACCAAGAAGGAGGAAGAGAAGGCCGUCGCAAAGUAGGUCGGAACUCGGAACGAACUGAGCUGUUCGAGGAGUGGUGAAGCUCGUCGUGGAGCUCGUCGUGGUAUACGGUGCAGGGUGGGGUGGAGUCCAAUUCAAGGUCGGGUUGGUCUGACCAGUGA